AUGAAUAUCAACGAGCCUAGACAUGGUGGCCAUAUGGUCAUCCCUUUCAUAAACACAAAUAAGAAAUAUCGAAAUAGUACGAGACCUGGGUCUAUGAAGUCUAAUCGAUUACCAUUUCUCGACUUUAUACCAGACGCGGCUCGAAAUCAUUUUGUCGCCACGUUGGCCGAGUUCGCUGGAACGGUUUUGUUUCUUUUCUUCGCUUUCUCUGGUACUCAAGUAGCGCUUCUUUCCCAGGCUCCCGAUAUACAGAAUGUUGUUGGAACAGUCAGCGACCCCUCACAACUGAUGUUUAUUGCUCUGAGCUUCGGUUUCUCACUGGCUGUCAAUGCUUGGGUUUUCUUCAGAAUUAGUGGGGGGCUGUUCAAUCCAGCAGUCACUAUGGGAAUGUGUCUUGUUGGGGCCCUGCCAUGGGUCCGUGGCAUUUUCCUUUUAAUCGCUCAAGUUGUUGGAGGGAUUGCCGCAGCAGGCAUCUGUAGCGCACUCUUCCCUGGACCUCUCUCUGUAAGAACAACACUUGGAGGCGGAACUUCGCCGACACAAGGUCUCUUCAUUGAGAUGUUCUUGACUGCUGAAUUGGUUUUCACUAUUUUCAUGUUGGCAGCAGAGAAACACAAGGGAACGUUCAUCGCCCCCAUUGGCAUUGGACUUUCCCUCUUUGUUGCUGAACUUACUGGCGUAUACUUCACCGGAGGAUCUGUAAAUCCAGCACGUAGCUUCGGUCCCGCCGUUGUGUCUCACACAUUCGCCAGUUACCACUGGAUCUACUGGGUAGGGCCAAUCCUAGGCUCCCUUCUUGCGUCAGCCUUCUACAAGUUCAUCAAGAUGCUCGAAUAUGAGACUGCAAACCCUGGGCAAGAUCAAGCUCAGAAGGAAGGCGAGCACUUCAACCCCGAUGAGCAUACUGAAAAGGCUCGUGUGUCUUUUGCACCAGAAGACUAUGCCAUGGAAGAGGGUAGAGCAGGUGGACACCAAGGAAAUGCCGGCCAGGAAAACUUAGGGGUUCCAAAUGAGUAUGGUACUCAAAACCGUCCCUACAGCAAUUCCCCCGCGCCCCCUCAUGCCAAUGAUCAAUUUGCUGGUCUCAAUGAUGGAGGAAUGCACGGUAACGACAACCAAAGACCCUACAAUCCUCAUAAUAGCAUGGGCGGCGACAGUGACCGCACCGUGGUGUCACCUAAUAACACCAAUACCACUGUGCUCAGCGAAGGCAGUGCGCGAAAGGAAGUUGGAAGUGGAAGUACAUCAGGUGCCCCCCGAAGUGCCAUCAAAAAUUCAACUUCGCCUUCCAAAGUACCUAUGGCGGAGAGGAGUCUCAGGAGCAAUACGCGCAACAACAGAAACGCGCAUGCUGGUCCAAGCGAUGAGGAGUUUUACGACAAGAAUUGA